UCAGGCCAGAAGGUCAACAAGAUGCUGGGUGCGACACCGGUCAUAGACGUCGUGUCCCCUGGCAAGAGCGCGCUUACGCCCAUAAGCACGCCGAGGUCUGCUUUAAACGCCAGCGUUUUGGAUGGUAAACGCGCGCCCUUGCGCGCGUUCACCGCCCCGUCGCCAGCCAGGCGCGUGCAUAUCGCUACGACUCGGGCAGACACGUACGACAAUGGCCUCAAGUCGCCGGUAUUGCAAAUCACGGUGACGUCCCCUUCGAACGAAAAUCAAGACGCGUCCGCGCACACCAGCAAGACCACGAACGCGGGCAGAGGGAUCCGGAGGAAGAAGGUCCCAGCUGCCCUUCCUUUGAACCAGGCGUCGCGCACGGAGGCGCUGCCCUUGUCACCAUUCCGCUAUGCUACACUCAAAGCGGUCAAGGCGCCAUCUCUGUCCCCAGUCGCCCCCUUUUCUCCAUUCUCUCCUAUCACUGUAAAGAAGGUGGAAGAGAGCAAGGUCGAAAAGCUGCAGAAUCUGGAGAAACUCGCGCAGUACUCCGCAGUGGGCAUCCCUCAAGAGAUGAUCUACCCCUCCUUCGGCCAGGUGGAGGAGAAAACAGAGCAGAUCACUUGUUUCCUUGAUCUCUACCGCAUGGGGACGAUGGGUCAAUCCGACCGCCGCGGUCACCGCGCUCCUCAUCAAGCGGCGGGCAGGGCGAACAGCCGCAGCUCAACGGGGUCCAUGAAGCGGCGUAGCCGGUCUGCAGGCGACUUUUACAGCGUCACAGAUGCGCUCGCGCUCGAGAGCCCGAGUUUCGGCGCGCGCAUGAACAGCCAGCUGCACGCGGCGUCCGUCCUCUCCCCAGUCGGGACGAAUUCCGCCUUCCUCGCGCCCCCGGAGCCUGUCCUGUCCGCCGGGCGUGCCUCCUUCACCUCCGCGCUCUUCUCGCCCUCUAUCUACUCCCAGUUCUCUGCGCGCAGUGCUGAGUUCCCCUUGUCCCCGGAGCUGAGGAUGGCGACCUUCCGGACGCGCUUCGGCGUGCGCCCGCUCGAGUUCGCGCUCCCGGUGACGCCGCUGCCGCUGCCGAUGGGUCCGCUGCCAAGCCCGCCCAUGUCGCCUGCGCCACCCGCGGAGGUGCGCUCGCCCCGCGUGCCGUACUGGGUGAAGAGCUCGUACCGCCCUCGGGACUCCACGCACGCGCUGGAGCUCGUCAACAUGCGCUACGAUCCAGAGGGUAAGCGCCGGAGCGCGAAGAGGAAGACUGUCUUGCCGACGCCGACGACGCAGCGCUUUGAGCGUAGGAUGGGGUGGGGAGGCGAGUGGAAUCAAGGGGGUAUGGCCAACUGGGUAGAUUCGCUGAAGCAGCUGUGA